ACCUCCAUGUGCCCGAACACUUCCGCGACAACGCUUCCCGAAUAUCCAGACGUUAUAUUAUAUGAUAUGGAAUAAACGGAGCCGAAGGACUUGAUGAUGAAGUCAUACGCAUAAACAACAUGGAGGCAGAUUCCUGCGAAAAUGAGAAAGUUGCAGGGAAUUAUCAGAGAAAAAAUCGACGCAGUCGUAGAAAACAAAAGAAUGGACACACAGACAGUCCGAUAGUUGAUUUAGGAGAAGAAUUACCUCGAUGGAUUGAAUUAAAAACUGCUUUACAGCUGAGUGACGAGGAAUUGGCAAAACUUCUAAUUGACAGAUACACAGAAGAAGAAAACAAUUCAGAAAAAACAGAACUGCACCGGCAACAGAAAAGGGAAUCUAAACGUUAUGAAAAUAAGUCAACAGUGUACAAUCUGAAUAAUUUCAACUUGUCCGAUUAUGGAGUUUACUUUCCUCAACCUGAUUUUGGGGAUGAGAUUAUUCCUGAAGAAAUAUCAGCAGUUGAAAAUGUUCUUAACCUGAAUUAUGGAAAUGAUGUAGAAAGCGGCCAUCAUGCUCAACAUAAGCAUAUGACAAGUCCUAUACCUAUACAUGUGACAGAUCCAUGUGCCGUAGCUCGUGAAAAUGCUUUUCUGGUUUACAACAGUUGCUUGAUUCAGUUGGCUAAUCAGAAUCCUCCUAAAGAUUGUACUGUUAAAAAUUGUAAGGGUGAUGUUAGUAUGGUGAAGAAAAAUUCGGGAACUUCUAUAAAUUUUAUUUGGACUUGUUCAAAAGGUCACAUAAUUAGAGAAUGGUGUUCACAACCUUUAUUACAAGGUCAGGGUCAUUUAGGAGACCUAUUGUUAGCGGCUGGUAUAGAAAUGUCGGGAAGCAACUACAAUCAAGUAGCACUGAUGUUGAAAAUAAUGAACGUAGAAUGUCUGAGUUCUCAGUCCUAUGAUUAUCUCAAGACAAAUUUUGUCACCCCCAAGAUAAUUUCUUACUGGAUGCGGGAACAGACAGAUAUUCUCUCUGUCUUAGAUGGAAGAGACGUGAUGUUGUUAGGUAGUGGACUACAAGAUAAGAAAGAACAGUUGGCAAGUUUCUGUACUUUCAGUAUUUUAGAUUACGAAUCCUCGGAAGUGUUGUAUAUAUCGGUUGUAGAGAAGAAGGAAUCAGACAGUCAGACACACACAGAGAAGCUAGAGUUACUGGCCUUUACUAAAGCCCUACAUAUGAUACAGAAAGCUGGAGCUAGAGUAGUGGAAGUUGUUACUAACAUAGAACCAAGGAUCAACAGCUACUUGAAGAAGAAACAUCCAGACAUCAAACGAAGUUUUGAUAUGUGGGAAGGUGCUAAAAUGGUGGGCAAAUCAAUUGUUGAGGCAUCAAGUAAAGAAGGAUGCGGUGAAAUAAUAACAUGGUUGCCAGAUAUUGUUGAUCAUUUUCUAGACUGUAGUAAUAGAUGUGCAGAUAUGUCAGGAACAUUGUGGGCGUCAACUGAUGAGGAAGCAUUUCUGGAUAGUUUUGUGACUGGUAUAAUACAUCACACUAUGAACAAUCAUCAGUGGAUAUCGGGAGAGUGUAGUCAUCCACCAUUACCACAUGACAGUAAACAAUGGCUAGUACCAGAUUCACCUGCUCACAAUCAACUUAAACAGACUCUACUAAAUAAACCACUAUCUUCAAUACUCUCUAAUUUCUCCACUAACAGAACAACAUCUGGUUUGGAAUGUUUGAUGGAUUAUAUUACAAUAUAUACACCAGAUAAUCACAAAUAUAGUUUUACUGAAUACAAGGCAAGAGUUUAUUUGGCUGUUCUGGACUAUAUGAAUCAUCAGAAUCGUGCUAAUGAACUGGAUGACAGUGGCAAAGAAAUACCGUGUAGAAUAUUCUCUAACUAUACAGGAAGUCUGUUAACUCAACCAAAGAAAGAGGCUAAACAGUACAACUAUAUACCAGUUAUUGUAGAAAAAAUCAUUGGUUCUGCUUUAAAUAGUGAUUAAAUUAUAAACAAUCACCUUAUUUCCCGGUGUAUCAACUUUAAAUAGUGAUUAAAUUAUAACCCAUCUUAUAAACAAUAACUUUAUUUCCUAGUGCAUCAACUUUAAAUAGUGAUUAAAUUAUAACCCAGCUUAUAAACAAUCACCUUAUUUCCUGGUGUAUCAACUGUAAAUAGUGAUUAAUUUAUAACCCAGCUUAUAAACAAUCACUUUAUUUCCUUGUGUAUCAACUUUAAAUAGUGAUUAAAUUAUAACCCAGCUUAUAAACAAUCACUUUAUUUCCUGGUGCAUCAACUUUAAAUAGUGAUUAGUUAACAGGAUAUCUGAUAAACAUUCACAUUAUUUUAUGAUUUAUCAACUUUAAAUAGUGAUGUUUAUAUUGCUUAACACGGAUGGUAGUGUUGACUGGGCUAUCAGCUGUAAAAAUAGCAAAUAUUUUAAGUGCUUUGUUGAUAUUAAGUAAUAAUUAAUUUAUCAGGAAGAAUUUGUAAUGUUCCAUACACAUAAAUUCAAUAGCAUGCUGUUCAGUUUAGGUGUGCAUAAGACUUGGGUAUACUUUGUGCAGUGGGGUCCAAUAAUUUUAAACUUUGCUAUGCAAGUAUUUAAAAAGUAUGCAUAUUAAUGGACUGAAAAUCUUCACAAUAUCAUUCCAUUAUUUUUUCUGUUUUAUAUGAAUUAUAAAUUCAUAUUUUCAUUUUUAUUCUCAUCCUAUAAAUAGAAUAUUUAUUUAAUUUAUGAAAGGUUGUUAUCAAUGUUAAACUUUAUUUAUACAAUUAAUUAAAAAUAUAAUUAAUACUAGAAUUCUAAACAUUCCUAAACUUUCUAUGCUCAGUAAUUUAUUCUAUCUUAUUCCAGUAUACUAUAGUUGUUUUAUUGAUGGCAUAGUUUACAAAUAUACCAAUUAUAAAUUGCUCAAUUGUGGUUUGAAAGUUGCAUCAAUGGGGACUACCCCUUCGGGAUGUCGGGAAAUUUCCCACUCGGCCGCAAAGUGAUGGUUUAUAUGAUUAAGUUUUGGGAUUAAGUUGAGUGGCAUUAUAUCCAAUAAUAGUUGUGCUAAUUUGUAAUAUUACGCUUUUUCUGUAAUAAAAGACCAUUGAUCUUUUACUUUAAAUUAAAAUCAUUCCAAUAAUUGAUGUUUUUAUGAUACAAUUUUAAUAUAUUAUUAUGUGUGAUAUUCAAACAUGGAACUAAUAAUUGUUGUUGCACCUGAAAAAAUUUUGGGCACUAAUGAACUGGUACCUGACAUUUUGAAAAUUCUGCCAGACUUGUAUUAUAAAUAUCAAUAGAAACAAUGAAAAAAAUACAAACCUGUGCUGGGCAAAAUGACAGGCACCUGAGCAGUGGUUCUUAACCUUUUUAUGUGCUGCUACCCCUUGAGCUUACAUUAUAUUUCCCUGUACUGUGUACCCCCUGUCUAAAAUGACUUACAGAAAGAAAUGAAAAUAUAAUAAUUGACAUGAAAUACAAUGUUAGUUUAUUUAUACAAUGCAUUGAAUACAUACAAAUAUACUGAAUACACGGUAUCCCUUGCUUUGAUGCUUCAUACCCCCAGGGGAUACACAUACCCCCCAGUUAAGAACCACUGCACUAGAGGGAUUGUGUUUGUGACAGGUGCCUUAUUUCCAGGCUUGUUGAUAUUAGAAUUAAGAUCUAAAGAACCACACUUGGUGAUAUUAGAAUUAAGAUCUCGAGAACCACACUUGGUGAUAUUAGAAUUAAGAUCUCGAGAACCACACUUGGUGAUAUUAGAAUUAAGAUCUCGAGAAGCACACUUGGUGGUAUUAGAAUUAAGA